ACAUCCUCCCCACUUCAACGGGUCGUUAUCUACCACUAUUAAUACAACCUUUUCCCCCCUCUUUUCUUCCUUUCCCUUAGUUGCCAACAGCUUGAACCCUUCUUGGGCGUCAUCUACUCUACCAUUCCCAAAUCCCUUCCUAGGUUUCAUCAAGACCUCUUCAUACCACCACUACUCAUCAUCAUUCAUUGCCACCAUGAGCGACAGAGGCUACGAGUACAAGAGCUCCGGCUAUAACAGCCAGGGUAAUCAUUACUGUGCCCGUGACUACGGCAGCAGUGCCUCGAACUCGAACUCAUACCAUUACUCCAACCAGGAUGGCUCGUACUAUUACUCCAACCCUAACGGCUCUACCUACUACAACAACGGUCAGGGCGGCUCAACCUACACCUCUUCGUCGGGCUACACGUCCUCGUCAGGAUAUGGAGGUAGUAGCAGCAGCAGUGGUGGCAAGAAAUAGGAGUCUUGUCUAGGACCCAAGGGUAACUCGUGUCCCUUUAUCGCGGAAGCUUGGGUGGCCUAAGCCUUAAGAGUGAUUUAUGUCCCCUUUA